AUGCAGAUCAAGUCUUUCUGCCUGCAUAGAAGCAUGACCACAAAACUACCAUCUCAAGAGGAGUUUGAGAACUGGACAGCUUUUCAAGUUGCAGAUCUCUUAAGACAGUUUGGAAUGCCUGAAUCUGCUGUGGUUGUAGAAAAACUGUGCAUGAAUGGAUCUCAUUUCUUGAAUGCAUCAGAACAUUGGCUGAGCAGAUUCAAAACAAUGCACCAGCCGAAGCUCCAAAAGAUGGUGCAUGACAUCAAGAAAAAUGAAAGUGGGAUAAUAAACAAGUUCAAAAAGUUCCAAAAUGAACAAGUGGCCUUAAUUUGCAAAACUGGGAAAGAUACUUGGGAUCGCCUUAAAAAAAAGCCACCGCCAAGUCUGCCACAAAGGGAUUAUGCUUCAGAACACGCAGACAAUGAAGAGGAACAAUGGUCAGAUGAUUUUGACAGUGAUUAUGAAAAUCCAGAUGACCACUCUGACUCUGAGAUGUAUGUGGUCCCCAGUGAAGAGAAUCCUGAUGACAGCUAUGAGCCACCUCCAAGUGAGAAGGAGAAAAAGAAGAUUCCCUCUUCAUUCCCUGUUUCUAGGGGUGAAUAUGCAGACAAUCGCACCAGUCACCAGACGCUUCCUCCCAUCAACAAACCUCUCCCAAGUACACCCAGUCCAGCCAUGUCCAGACCAAAGAAACCAUGUGUGCCAUCCAUGCCAUUGCCAUCUCCUGCUGCAAAACCAAAAGUGCCACCUAAGCCUAAGGAGUGCAGUGAUGAUGAGGAUAACUACAUUGUGCCAGUGGACAAUGAUGAUGAUAACUAUAUUGAACCCACAGAAGGCAGCGUGUCACUACCUACAAGAUCACCUGUGAACAGAUUUAUGAAGACAACAAAGCCAGCCCCCCCUAUUUCUCCAAAGCCUUCUCUUCCUUCUAUUAUGCAAGAAGUCUACGAGGUUCCUGAAGAAGAGGAGAAACCAUCACCACCACCAGUAACCAGGUUCACCAAGCCACUCAUGUUUAUGCCUGCACAGAAUACAGAGCACUCCCACAUGCACAGCAUGACCAGAGAGUCACCUAAGCAGGAUAAUUCCAGAAAUAUUUUGCCUCUCCCCAGAAGUCGUCUUCAUCCAAAACCAGACCAUGAAGCAAACAAUACUGAUGAAAGUCAAAGGUUCAAUAACACACAAGAAUCCAGAUUUACCACUGGAGCAGCUCCAUCUCCAUUACCAAGGGGCCUCAAGAAAGCUUCUAAUGCAGUAAUUUCACCAAAACCGUGUUUACCUUCCAGAGAGACCUUAACUGCAAAUGAAGAAAAACCCAUGGCACCAGAACGACGGCGCAAUUCCAGCCAGGAACUUCCACUUCCACCUCUUCCAAGUGGUGCCCAAAAGCCUCUGCUACAAAAGCCCUCAAUUCUGCCGAAAGUGCCGGAAGCUGCAAACCGUUCUUUGGGUGCUUCCCCUCCCAGCAGCACCUCAUCUAUUUCAAGUUCUGUGGACCAGGAUGCUGGUGUUCACAGUAAAGCAUGGUAUGCUGCUACCUGUGAUAGGAAAAUGGCAGAGGAUGCAUUGUACCGAUCAAACAAGGAUGGAUCUUUUCUAAUAAGGAAGAGUUCUGGGCAGGACUCACGGCAACCAUAUACACUGGUUGUGUUUUACAACAGAAGAGUGUACAACAUUCCUAUAAGAUUUAUUGAAUCAACAAGGCAAUAUGCACUGGGCAGAGAAAAAAGUGGUGAAGAGCGCUUCGACAGUGUUGCUGAAAUAGUAGAGAAUCAUCAGCGCACCUCCCUGGUUCUAAUUGACAGCCAAAACAACACAAAAGACUCAACAAAACUGAAAUAUAUUGUAAGAAUUUCUUAAUCGAACUGAACUGCUGAAAUAAAGACCUCUUUAAUAAUUUCUUUCAACAUACCGAGACGUGGACAAGCUAUUAAAAGAAGAAAAUCCAAAAUGAUGGGAAACACUCUUCAAGAGCCCCUACAGAGUAGUGAGAAAUGCAUUUCAUAGAGUUCAACCCCACGUCACUUUUUUCAGAGAAGUUUAACACAAGAAGCCAAAGCAGAUACACUGUCAUCUGUGACAACAUGGGUAUCCAAAGUUACAGGAAGGUCCUCUGACUGCUGUUGGAAGAUAGAUUUCUUGAAGGAUAUUUUCAUUUGAAAAAUGAGAAUACCUACAGUGAUCUAUUCUUUCAAUUUAUGUUUACCACAUAUCACUGCUUUCAGCAAUUUAUUUGUAAAGUGCACAGCCCCAGAAAUUAGAGCAACUUGACCUAAUGUACCACUGUACUCAAGUUGAAAAUAGGACUGUACUUUGAUUAGUGGCAAUAAAUCCACCUGAAUGUUUUAGAUUUAUGGACAUGUGUUGUACUUUCCCUCAGCUUCACCCUGUUUCACUGA